AUGUCAAAAGUUCCAUCCAAUGGUUGUCUAAUUGCAGACGGAGAGCGGAGCCUCGCGGAAUCAACACAUGGAACUAUGCUUUUGGAGCAUGCGGCACUUGAAGCUAUUAGAAAUUUAGCGAAAUAUCAACAGUCGGAAGCUUACAGUGUUGAAGAGAAUCGAUUCGCUUAUCUCGCCACAGGUUGUGAUGUGUUUUUGGAACAAGAACCUUGCGCGAUGUGCGCUAUGGGUUUGGUUCAUGCUCGAGCUAAACGUGUCUUCUUUCGGAAUCGCUCCUCAAAUGGCGUAUUGGCUUCGGGAAAUUGGCAUCUACAUCUGGAACCAGCAAUUAAUCAUCAUUAUCAAGUUUUUGAGGUGAAGAUCGACAAUUUUGACGUAAACGCGAACGCUUCACGACACUGUGGAGGGAUUUUA